UUUUCUUAAUUGUUAAUGAACAGAUUUGAUAACUUUCAAGCAGGCAGGCAGGCUGAGCUUUUGAGUGUGCUUUCUCGAGAGGAAAAAAACAAACAAACAAACAAACAGCAGUUAAAAGCAUAAAACCAUGGUGGCUUUAGGCCUCCAAGCCACACAUUUGAUUUCCCCUCAAAAGUUACCAAUACGUAAACAAAGAACCUUUAGCAACAUUGUCAUCCGGAGUAGUAUUGCAGAGCCGUCGGGAGAACCAGCACCAUUGGGACAAAAAACUAAAUACAACGAUGGGUUGUUUGCCAAGGCAUUUAUGGGUCUUUUCGCCCGCAAGAUGGAGAAGUUCGCGGCUGCACCAAAAGGUGGAACAGAACCAAAGAAAGGGGUUUUCGACUAUGACUAUGAGAGCUUUGUUGAGGUGUCAAAGAGAGUAAUGCAAGGGAGGUCUCGGUUGCAGCAGCAACAAGUGGUCCGACAAGUGCUCUUGUCCAUGCUCCCACCCGGCGCACCAGCUCAGUUUCGGAAAUUGUUUCCACCAACAAAGUGGGCUGCAGAGUUCAAUGCUGCACUCACUGUUCCUUUCUUCUACUGGUUAGUUGGUCCAUCUGAGGUUGUGGAAGUGGAGAUAAAUGGAGUGAAGCAAAAAAGUGGGGUUCAUAUUAAGAAAUGCAGGUACCUAGAGAACAGUGGGUGUGUUGGUAUGUGUGUGAAUAUGUGCAAAAUUCCAACCCAAGAUUUCUUUACCAAUGAGUUCGGCCUUCCAUUAACCAUGAUCCCAAAUUUUGAAGACAUGAGUUGUGAAAUGGUGUAUGGACAAGUUCCACCAUCUUUCGAGGAGGACGAAGCAUCCAAGCAGCCUUGUUUUGCAGAAAUAUGUUCCAUGGCAAACCCCAAGUCUAGUGUCUGCCACAAAUUACAAGCUUGAGAUCAUACUUCCCUGCCUUAGUUCUCUUGCAGGGAAAAGAAGUCGAGGGAAAACUACCUCAUAUACAUACAUACAUACAUGUAUAUAUAGUUCCAGACUUCUUUCUUAUACCCUGUUAGUCUCCAUGAUCUUUCAACCUACAUACAUCUUAUGCUC